ACAAGCAACUCGAUCCACUUACCAACACAACCACGUGAGAGACAGCUUCAAUGGAUUUUGGUAAGUCAACUGAAACUUCUCGUUGCAAGAUUUUUUAUCAAAUUCAGAUGAUGAAAAAUGUAGAUAUUGCCUUGUCAAGGUACCCUAUGUCAUGUUUAGUGACAGAGGGUCAUAUAGUACAGUGAAUGGGUAAUUGGGUGACUUGACUUGUAGAAUGUAACAUUUGCUUACAAAGAAAGAUAAUUAUUGUUGGUGUAUGUUCAUCUGUUAAAUUAAUAUUAUUGAUAUUCUAAUUCCUAAGUCUGUGGUCUUUGGCCUGUUUCUCUCUGCAUAUUCUUUCUGCAUUAUGCAUGGUGAUAGGCUACAAGUGUUUUCUCUAUCCAGUGGUCUCAACUAGCCCAACUGACAGUCUGUUUCUGCUAUGUUGCUGUCAGGCAAAAAUGACAAAACAUAAGGCUAGACAACAGCAAACGUAGAAACAGACUGACGCCUCACACUAAUAAAAUAAUAAUAAUCAUUGUUUUAUCAGGACAAAAUAGAAAAUCAGGAUUUAUUUCUUUAUUUCUUUAUUUCUUGAAGACAUUGGUAAGGUAGAGCUCCACUGUGAGAAGAACAACACAGCCCACAACACCAAUGACAUCUCAGUGAACAGACUGAUAGUCAGGAGAGGUCAGUCCUUCCUGGUCACCUUUGACCUCCAUGGCCCCUUCAGGCCCACAACAGACAUGCUGGAGCUGAUGGUGGAGACAGGUGAGCUAUCUAGAAUAGAACAUAGAAUCACUUUAUUUAUCUCUGCUAUUUAUUAGAGCUGUUUGUAUUAGAGGUUUCCCGGACUCAGAUUAUGCUAGUCCUGGACUAAAACACACUAGGAUUAAUCUAGGCUAGGGCAGGGAAACCGGCCCUAUGUGGAUCCCCUUUGACAAGACAGACACGUGCAGUAAUAAUUACAUUAAAACAAAUCCUUGUAUGCGUUGUAAAUAGCUGAAUUGGGGUCAAUUCAAUCUAAUCUAAAGACUAAAUUGCACCACUUACAGGACUUGAGAUACCUCCACUUGUACUGUACAUGUAAUGUUGACAUCAAAGUUACUCUGACAGAAAAUAUAAACUCUUAUUGGACAAAUACACUGAGUGUACAAAACAUUAGGAACACCUGCUCUUUCCAUGACAUAGACUGACCUGACCAGGUGAAUCCAGGUGAAAGCUAUGAUCCCUUAUUGAAUCCACUUCAAUAAGGGAGGAGACAGGUUAAAGAAGGAUUUUUAAGCCUUGAGACAGCUGAGACAUGGAUUGUGUAUGUGUGCCAUUCAGAGGGUGAAUGGGCAAGACAAUAGAUUUAAGUACCCAGGCGCACUGGUUUGAGUGUGUCAAGAACUGCAAUGCUCCUGGGUUUUUCAUGCUCAACAGUUUCCCGUGUGUAUCACCCAAAGGACAUUCAAAGGACAUUCAGCCAACUUGACAAGCAUUGGGGUUAACAUGGACCAGCAUCCGUGAGGAACACUUUCGACACCAUGUAGAGUACAUGCCCCGACGAAUUGAGUCUUUUCUGAAGGCGAAAGGGGACAACUCAAUAUUAGGAAGGUGUUCCUAAUGUUUUGUACACUGUGUAUACUACCUCACUGUUUCUGAACGUUUUCUUCCAUUUCGUUCCUACUGAACACAACCCAAAACUCAUCCUCCCUUCUCCAUCCAGGGCCCCAGCCAUCUGAGGCGUUGGGGACCAGGUCAGUGUUCGGGAUACCUGAGGGCCGUGGGAAGGGUUCCUCCUGGAAGGUUGAGGUUCACCCGGACUCAGUGCUCCUGGAGGGCUCAAUCACUCUGGACAUCACCAGCCCAGCAGAUGCCCCAGUGGGAGAGUACAGCCUGUCUGUAAAGACCAACGCCAACGCCACAGUGGGCAGAAGCCUGGGCAAGCUCCUUCUGCUGUUUAACCCCUGGUGCCAAGGUAAACACAAUUCAAUUCAAAACAACUUUAUUACAUCUUACAUCUGUACACUUCCUGUGAACGAGAUUUGAGAGUACGGUAAAGCAGAUUUAAUACAUUAUAAUGGAGUAUAACGAAUUCAUAAAAAUGUUAACUAGAACUGUGAUAAAUUAACUAUUUUAAUCACACGAAGGAGAACAAAUGCGGUGAAUGCAUCAAUACAGCCAUGGUAACUUUGAUAAACCCCGUUAAAACGGAAAAAUGUAAAAUUUUAUUCCCCCUUUUCUUAUCAGUUUAAACCCCCCCCUGGGCCCCUUUUCCAGGUUUUCCCCUUUCUCCCUUUUUGGGGUUUUUUAAAACCCUUUUAUUGGGUUUGGAACCUUUGCCCCCUUUCCCGCCCCCCCUGGGGCCCAAAGCUUGGUUUUCUUUCCUUUUUUUUUUCCCCCCCCUUUUCCCUUUUUGGAAACACCGGAACACCCCCAUAAAACCCCCCUUAAAACCCCCCCUUAAGACCCUUUUGGUAACAGGGUAUAAACAACCCGGUAAAAAGUGGUGAAAAAGGACCAAAGGUAACCAGCCCGGGGGCAAAAAAAACAACCAAAAACGCGGGAAAAAAUCCGGACCCCAAAAAAAACAAAACCCUUUUGGUUACACCUGGGAAACCUUUUUAAACGGGGGGGGGAAACCCGGUUCCAAUUUUUUCCUUUUUAAAAAACCCGGAAAAUCCUGGGACCCUUGGAUACAAGACAGCCUGGUAACACGCUCCUGGUACCAUCCUGGUAACAAGCCUGUAGUAACAAGCCCGGUAAACAAGCUUGUAACAUCCUGGUAACACAGCCUAGUAACACAGCCUGGUUCAGCCAUAAGGUAACACGCCUGGUAACAUCCUGGUACCAUCCUGUUAACACAGCCUGGAACAUCCUGGUACAUCUUGGUAACACAGCCUGUAACAUCCUGGUACAUCUGGUAACACAGCCUAGUAACACAGCCUGGUAGAUCCUGUAACAGCCUAAUAACAUCCUGGUAACAUCCUGGUACAUCUGGUAACACAGCCUGGUAACAUCCUGUAAUCCUGGUACACUAAUAACAUCCUGGUAAACAGCCUGGUAACACAGCUUGGUAACAUCCUGGUAACACCACAUUCUAGCAUGGGAGACGUCAUAACACAGUAACAGCAUGAUAACAUGUUAAGUUACCCCUUCAUUUCAUUUUGUAUAAUAAUGUAUUUUUUAUUUAUCAUUUAUUUAACCAGCCAAGUCAGUUGAACAAAAAUUUUAAAUUCAUGUUUUGAAACUGCUGUAUUUUGUGGCGGGCUGUAGAGGACUGGGUGCAUCUACCUGAAGAGGAGGAGAGGCAGGAGUAUGUGAUGAGAGAACAAGGCCUGGUGUACAGAGGUUCUGAAAAAUACAUCAGCUCCCUGGCGUGGGACUUCGGACAGGUACACAGAACAAACAAUACAGUAUUGUACAGUUGAAAAGUGCUGCUUAUAACAUAUAGGGCUGGUUUCCUGGAUACAGAUUAAGCCUAUUCCUCGACUAAAAAGCAAACUCAAUGGAGAAUCUCCACCAAUAAUUAUUUUGACUCUAGAUAAAUCCAGGACUAAUCUGUUGCCCGGGAAACCGCCCCCAAGUGUUACACAACGAUAUAUCAGUCGAAGUGAUUGGCUAGAGUCCUGUGUGGCUCCGUUGGUAAAGCAUGGCGCUUGCAACGCCAGGGUUGUGGGUUUCGAUUACCGCGGGAGACCAAUACGAACAUUUAUCCAUUCAAUACUGUAAAUCGCUCUGGAUAAGAGCGUCUGCUAAAUUACUAAAAUGUAUGUAAGUAUAGACAAGACAUUUUAGAAAUUGUUGUAGGCUACCUAGCUAACGUGCCCAAAUGUAUUGUUUCUCCAGUUUGAAGACGAUAUAGUGGACAUUUGCCUGAAGCUGCUUGACGUGAACCCCAAGUGUCUGAGAGACCCCGCCAAGGACUUCUCUGCUCGUUGCAACCCCAUCUAUGUCAGUAGGGUGGUCAGUGCCAUGGUAAGACUGGAGAUCUGACCCCCACUAGUAACAGCGACAACAUUAUUGAACCCCACUAGUAACAGGAAACAUGUUUCCAUCCAAUCUUGUUAUGCGAGUAAAGUACAUGUCAGAUAAAACAUUUCAUGACAGUGCUGAUGGAAAAUGUUUUCGGUAAACUUUCCAAAUGUUGACAAAACAAAAUACACUAGACAAGGUGGGAUCUUUUUGGUGUCGGUAAAAUGAAGUAUGAGAGAAAUGUUGGUGGAAAUGCUUUUAUGCGCAAAUAUUGAUUUAAUAACCAUCAUUUCGAAGUAAACAUGGAGUCACGUAAUGACAUGUUGUGUGGUCCUCCCACUACGACUCAUCGGGAAAGCAUGCAGUUUAUUAGGCUACAGAUGAAGAAAUGAAUGAUGAACUUCACAGGGUGCUGAAUGUGCAAGGUGAUAAGCUUGAUAUUUCUUUAUAAUAAAUAUCGAGGGCCUUAUUCUGGUAACAUGAUCCUCGAUGCUUGGCUGUCCUCGUUUGACAAAUAAAAAAUAAUCUCAUCAUGUAGGCUAAAGUGCAUUCGGAAAGUUCAGACCCCUGGACUUUUUUCCACAUUUUGUUACAUUACAGCCUUAUUCUAAAAUUGAUUAAAUAGUUUUUCCCCUUAUCAAUCUACACACAAUACCCCAUAAUGACAAAGCAAAAACACGUUUUUAGAAAUUUAGCAAAUGUAUAUAUAAAAAAAAAAAACGGAAAUAUCACAUUUACAUAAAUAUUCAGACCCUUUACUCAGUACUUUGUUAAAGCACCUUUGGCAGCGAUUACAGCCUGGAGUCUUCUUGCGUAUGAUGCUACAAGCUUGGCACACCUGUAUUAGGCGAGUUUCUCCCAUUCUUCUCUGCAGAUCCUCUCAAGCUCUGUCAGAUUGGAUGGGGAGUGUCGCUCCUCAGCUAUUUUCAGGUCUCUCCAGAGAACCUUUGCCCCAGUCUGAGGUCCUGAGCGCUCUGGAGCAGGUUUUCAUCAAGGAUCUUCUAUGUACUUUGCUCCUUUCAUCAUUCCCUCGAUCCUGACUAGUCUCCUAGUCCCUGCCGCUGAAAAACAUUCCCACAGCAUGAUGCUGCCACCACCAUGCCAGGUUUCCUCCAGACGUGACGCUUGGCAUUCAGGCCAAAGAAUUCAAUCUUGGUUUCAUCAGACCAGAGAAUCUUGUUUCUCAUGGUCUGAGAGUCAUUUUGGUGCCUUUUGGCAAACUCCAAGCGGGCUGUCAUGUGCCUUUUACUGAGGACGGGCUUCCGUCUGGCCACUCUACCAUAAAGGCCUGAUUGGUGGAGUGCUGCAGACAUGGUUGUCCUUCUGGAAGGUUCUCACAUCUCCACAGAGGAACUCUGGAGCUCUGUCAGAGUGACCAUCAGGUUCUCGGUCACCUCCCUGACCAAGGCCCUUCUCCCCCGAUUGCUAAGUUUGGCCGGGCGACCAGCUCUAGGAAGAGUCUUGGUGGUUCCAAACUACUUCCAUUUAAGAAUUAUGGAGGCCACUGUGAUCUUGGGGACCUUCAAUGCUGCAGACAUUUUUUGUUACCUUUCCCCAAAUCUGUGCCUUGACACAAUCCUGUCUUGGAGCUCUAUGGACAAUUCCUUCAACCUCAUGGCUUGGUUUUUGCUCUGACAUGCACUGUCAACUGUGGGACCUUAUAUAGACAGGUGUGUGCCUUUCCAAAUCAUGUCCAAUCAAUCGAAUUUACCACAGGUGGACUCCCGUCAAGUUGUAUAAACAUCUCAAGGAUCAUCAAUGGAAACAGGAUGCAUCUGAGCUCAAUUUCAAGUCUCAUAGCUAAGGGUCUGAAUACUUAUGUAAAUAAGGUAUUUCUGUUUUUUAUUUGUAAUACAUUUGCAAAAAAAAUCUAAAACCCUGUUUUCACUUCGUCAUUAUGGGGUAUUGUGUGUAGAUUGAUUAAGAUUUUUAUUUAUUUAAUCCAUUUUAGAAUAAGGCUGUAACUUAACAAAAUGUGGAAAAAGUAAUUGGGUCUGAAUACUUUCCGAAUGCACCGUAUACCCGCAAUGUAUCUGCGAGCUGUGCCAAUACCAGAGUGGGAACAUUCGCUACAUAAAGAAUUUAACCGCAAAAGGUAUUUUUAUGUCCACUAUGUCAUCACCCCACAGCCUUUUAUCCGGAAAAAAAAAAAAAAAAAGUCAUUUAAUGGAAACACAUCUCUGGUGGGAAAAUGCACAUAUUGUUUUUAUGCAGAUUUUUGAAUAUUCGCAUGAAAAUCUGUCACCAAUUGGAUGGAAAUUCUAGCUAGUGACAACAUUAUUGAACCCCACUAGUAACAGUGACAACGUUAUUGAACCCCACUAGUAACAGUGAUAACAUUAUUGAACCCCACUAGUAACAGUGACAACGUUAUUGAACCCCACUAGUAACAGUGACAACAUUAUUGAACCCCACUAGUAACAGUGACAACGUUAUUGAACCCCACUAGUAACAGUGACAACAUUAUUGAACCCCACUAGUAACAGUGACAACAUUAUUGAACCCCACUAGUAACAGUGACAACGUUAUUGAACCCCACUAGUAACAGUGACAACAUUAUUGAACCCCACUAGUAACAGUGACAACGUUAUUGAACCCCACUAGUAACAGUGACAACAUUAUUGAACCCCACUAGUAACAGUGACAACAUUAUUGAACCCCACUAGUAACAGUGACAACAUUAUUGAACCCCACUAGUAACAGUGACAACAUUAUUGAACCCCACUAGUAACAGUGACAACAUUAUUGAACCCCACUAGUAACACUGACAACAUUAUUGAACCCCACUAGUAACACUGACAACAUUAUUGAACCCCACUAGUAACAGUGAUAACAUUAUUGAACCCCACUAGUAACAGUGACAACGUUAUUGAACCCCACUAGUAACAGUGACAACGUUAUUGAACCCCACUAGUAACAGUGACAACAUUAUUGAACCCCACUAGUAACAGUGACAACAUUAUUGAACCCCACUAGUAACAGUGACAACAUUAUUGAACCCCACUAGUAACAGUGACAACAUUAUUGAACCCCACUAGUAACAGUGACAUUCUUUAAUCAUCAUAAGGUCAUAGUACUGUAUGAACAGCAUAAGAAAAUACAUUGGUUCAUUUCUGGAACGUCAUCUAGCCCUGUUCACUAUAAAUGGGUCCAGUGCAACUAAGUAAGGUGUUGUUGCACAUAUAGGACUGGUUUCCCGGACCCAGAUUAAACCUAGUCCUGGACUAAAAAUAACUUUCCACACUGAGCUUUUUAGUCCAAGGCUCAAUCCAGAUCCACGAAACCAACUACAUUUGAGAUAUUACAAAAACACAUUCACUCAGCCAAAUGACAGUUCUGAAAUUUAUAAUUUUAACAUUAUUUUCCUUGCCCAGAUCAACGCUAAUGAUGACAGAGGUGUCCUGUUGGGGCGGUGGGAUGGUCAAUACAAUGGUGGCGUGUCCCCCACUCACUGGAACGGCAGUGUGGAGGUACUAAGGAGGUGGCUCAACAAUGGAGGCAAUCCAGUCAAGUAUGGCCAGUGUUGGGUGUUCGCCGCUGUAAUGUGCACAGGUAGCCUAUCACUGUCCAAUCGCUCUUAAAUUCUUAUUUUAGUCAAUCAAUCAAUACAACAGUAUUUAAAUAGCGCUGACUGUACUGCAAGCGCUCAGACCCAGGGUUGUGAUUGGUUUUGAUAGGGAUGGCAAGAAUACCCACCAUCUGUGUCCGAUUCACCUCUGACCAGAGGAGAGAGGCUGGGUGUCAAUGCCUUGGAUGUCUUUAUUUAGUUAACCAGUAUUCUUUGGAUGUCUUUAUUUAGUUAACCAGUAUCCUUUGGAUGUCUUUAUUUAGUUAACCAGUAUCCUUUGGAUGUCUUUAUUUAGUUAACCACUAUGCCUUCUAUGUGUUGUUUUUGUUAACCAGUAUGCCUGAAAUGUAUUUCCAUGUCAGUACUGAGGUGUUUGGGAAUCCCAUGUCGAGUGGUUACCAACUUCCAGUCAGCCCACGACACCGACAAAAACCUGACAAUUGACGACUUCUUCUCCGACAAUGGAGUCAGACCCAAACAGAGCCAAGACAGUGUAUGGUAAAUGCAACAUCAGGUCAUUGUGGCUACAGUAUGAAGAGUGAUGCCAAUAGCAUGAUGUUUUAAAGACUGGUGUUUCUGCUCAGGAACUACCAUGUGUGGGUGGAGGCCUGGAUGAGACGGCCCGAUCUCUCAGGAGACUCCUUAUAUGACGGCUGGCAGGCUGUGGACCCUACCCCUCAGGAGAAAAGCACUGGUAUGGUCUAACUUCCAUCUCAUCUCACACUAACAUACAUAAUAACACACUUCUGGAGUAUGUAUGUAUUGUAUGUUGUGUUAUUGUGCAGAUGGUGCUGAGUUUGUGUCCUGGGUCUGGGAGACAUGAAGGGAACUCCCUGUUAUACACUCAUGUUGUUUUCCCUUCCUCUCCCCCAGGUGUUUACUGCUGCGGCCCUGCUCCAGUCAAGGCCAUACUGCAGGGUCACAUUGACCUCAAAUACGAUGUGCCCUUUGUCUUCGCCGAAGUCAACGCCGACCGUGUAACCUGGAUGGUGUUCGCUGACGGCUCCAAGAAAAAGAUCUUAACGGACACUGGGUCCGUAGGCCAGAACAUCAGCACAAAGGCAGUGGGCAGCGACAAGAGAGUGGACAUCACGGCCAACUAUAAAUAUGCAGAGGGUUGGUAUUGAAUGAACUGAGAGAGUCUGACUAUAUCUACAAAGGUUGACUUGUCAGAUGUUUUCUUUAAAAAACGUCCUGGAGGUUAAAUGUCAAAAGUCAGCCACUAGCUUUUUAGGACCAGUUCUGUAUGGAGUAACGCUAAGGCUGUCCAAUCUCCACCCUUUUAUACAUUUUGGCUGUUGAACUGUUAUCAAUUGAUUUCCGAAAUAAUGCAGCGUUACAAGGGUUAUGCCUAUCAUAAGGGUAGAAGCGUAUUUUAUGUCUUUGAGAGCUAGGGUUGGUCUGGGAAAUAGUUCUGUACUUUUUUAAGAGAUGAGUUAGAAAGGGGCUGUGUCCACCUGUCGCAAGACAUAAUUCUCCUAGGUGAGUGAGGGCAACUGCUUGAGUCACCAGCUACUCAUCCAAAAUGUCACCCAUUUAAAACAGGCACGAAAAAGGAGAGGACUGUGUACAAUAACGCAGCGAACAGAGUCAACAAUCUCGAAGACAAAGAGAAUUCAAACGGGAUCCUUGACCGCAAACCUUCUGAUGUUUCCAUGAAAAUCGUGGAGCUGACCAAGCCGCUCAGCGGCAAAGACAUCGACCUCAAGCUUGUACUGAACAGCGACGACCGUGAGACUCGGACACUAGUGAUCCAUGUCAACGUUCAGGCCAUGAGAUACACCGGCAUUCCAUCCUCCAAGAUACAGACCGAAUUGAAAGAACAGAAGCUCCGUCCCAACCAAGGUAGAGUGAAAAUGUUUCAAACUCUUUCCAUGAGUAGGCCUACAAGGCUGAACUAACAAAGGGGGGCAUUUACAUCACAGAACAAAGAGAACUGAAACACUUCUCAAAACCAAGAACACAUUGCAGCUAUUUACUUUCAUAAUUCUUUGUCAACAUCCUUGGUUUGACGCAUGCAUCAAUCUCAAUGAUUGAUUAUGUCACAAAGGUGGUGUAUUUCAGGAGUGCAUAUAGAUAGCAUUUACAGUUGAAGUCGGAAGUUUGCAUACACCUUAGCCAAAUACAUUUAAACUCAGUUUUUCACAAUUCCUGACAUUUAAUCCUAGUAAAAAUUCCCUGUCUUAGGUCAGUUAGGAUCACCACUUUAUUUCAAGAAUGUGAAAUGUCAGAAUAAUAGUAGAGAGAAUUAUUUAUUUCAGCUUUUAUUUCUUUCAUCACAUUCCCAGUGGGUCAGAAGUUUACAUACACUCAAUUAGUAUUUGGUAGCAUUGCCUUUAAAUUGCUUAACUUGGGUCAAACAUUUCGGGUAGUCUUCCACAAGCUUCCCACAAUAAGUUGGGUGAAUUUUGUCCCAUUCCUGCUGACAGAGCUGGUGUAACUGAGUCAGGUUUGUAGGCCUCCUUGCUCGCACACGCUUUUUCAGUUCUGCCCACAAAUGUUCUAUAGGAUUGAGGUCAGGGCUUUGUGAUGGCCACUCCAAUACCUUGACUUUGUUGUCCUUAAGCCAUUUUGCCACAACUUUGGAAGUAUGCUUGGGGUCAUUGUCCAUUUGGAAGACCCAUUUGCGACCAAGCUUUAACUUCCUGACUGAUGUAUUGAGAUAUUGCUUCAAUAUAUUCACAUCAUUUUCCUUCCUCAUGAUGCCAUCUAUUUUGUGAAGUGCACCAGUCCCUCCUGCAGCAAAGCACCCCCACAGCAUGAUGCUGCCACCCCCGUGCUUCACGGUUGGGAUGGUGUUCUUCGGCUUGCAAGUGUCCCCCUUUUUCCUCCAAACAUAACGAUGGUCAUUAUGGCCAAACCGUUCUAUUUUUGUUUAAUCAGACCAGAGGACAUUUCUCCAAAAAGUAUGAUCUUUGUCCCCAUGUGCAGUUGCAAACCGUAGUCUGGCUUUUUUAUGGCGGUUUUGGAGCAGUGGCUUCUUCCUUGCUGAGCGGCCUUUCAGGUUAUGUCGAUAUAGGACUCGUUUUACUGUGGAUAUAGAUACUUUUGUACCUGUUUCCUCCAGCAUCUUCACAAGGUCCUUUGCUGUUGUUCUGGGAUUGAUUUGCACUUUUCGCACCAAAGUAUGUUCAUCUCUAGGAGACAGAACUCGUCUCCUUCCUGAGCGGUAUGAUGGCUGCGUGGUCCCAUGGUGUUUAUACUUGUGUACUAUUGUUUGUAAAGAUGAACGUGGUACCUUCAGGCGUUUGGAAAUUGUUCCCAAGGAUGAACCAGACUUUUGGAGGUCUACAAUUGUUUUUCUGAGGUCUUGGCUGAUUUCUUUUGAUUUUCCCAUGAUGUCAAGCAAAGAGGCACUGAGUUUGAAGGUAGGCCUUGAAAUACAUCCACAGGUACACCUCCAAUUGACUCAAAUUAUGUCAAUUAGCCUAUCAGAAGCUUCUAAAGCCAUGACAUCAUUUUCUGGAAUUUUCCAAGCUGUUUAAAGGCACAGUCAACUGAGUGUAUGUAAACUUCUGACCCAAUGGAAUUGUGAUACCGUGAAUUAUAAGUGAAAUAAUCUGUCUGUAAACAAUUGUUGGAAAAAUAACUUGUGUCAUGCACAAAGUAGAUGUCCUAACUGACUUGCUAAAACUAUCGUUUGUUAACAAGAAAUUUGUGGAGUGGUUGAAAAACGAGUUUUAAUGACUUCAACCUAAGUGUAUGUAAACUUCCGACUUCAACUGUAACUGUUAAAUUUAACAAAGCUGUAAAGUCUCAUGUAUAGCUGUGUAGCAAAUCAACUGACACUAACUCUUAUGGCUGUCAGGUUGCUAACGUUGUACUGAGGACACUACAGAAUGUUAGGGUUGCUAACGUUGUACUGAGGACACUACAGAAUGUUAGGGUUGCUAACGUUGUACUGAGGACACCACAUAAUGUUAGGGUUGCUAACGUUGUACUGAGGACACUACAGAAUGUUAGGGUUGCUAACGUUGUACUGAGGACACUACAAAAUGUUAGGGUUGCUAACGUUGUACUGAGGACACUACAGAAUGUUAGGGUUGCUAACGUUGUACUGAGGACACCACAGAAUGUUUGGGUUGCUAACGUUGUACUGAGGACACCACAGAAUGUUAGGGUUGCUAACGUUGUACUGAGGACACCACAGAAUGUUUGGGUUGCUAACGUUGUACUGAGGACACCACAGAAUGUUAGCCUUUGUGAUACAUUGACAAUCAAAUGCAUUGUCUGUGUUGGCAGAUCUGAUUAUACCCAUCCACAUCCCCUUCUCUGUGUACGGUGAGAACAUGCGGGAGAGCAACAGCAUCAAGGUUUCGGCUGUGGUCACAGACAAGGACAACAGUGAUGCAGUGUACAUCACAGAGAAAGACAUUGUGCCAGAGAGCCCUUCACUCACCAUCAAAGUGAGUACUGUAUAUUCCCCAAAUUGUAAUUUCGCGCAUCUGUCAGAUCCUUAAGCCACUCCAAUAACCCACUUAGAACAGCUCAACUUUCUCUGAGUGACAUUCAUUGGGGUCAUUAUGGAACAAGCCCCAAGGCUCUUUACGUUACCAUUUCAAAUUUGUAGGUGGCAAACAUACUAGUAGCGAGAAUAGCAAUUUGCAAGGAAAAUAACGGUUGGCCUGUGAAUAAAGGUGAUGUGAAGAUGAAAAUCUAAAGUGUUGGACUGUCAUCUGAACAAUUGAUCUAUUCAAUACAAUGCCAAUAUCAGUAACAACCACUCAACUGGAGAUGGGGUUUAUUCAGUGUGAUAGUUCUAAUAUAAUAUACUAUCUAGCAGAUGCUUUUAUUCUGAUGUUUCUUCUCUUUUAGGCCAUUGGAUCUGAAUUGCAGUAUAGUGACAUGAUGGCAGAGGUUGUGUUUGAGAACCCUCUAUCCAAGGGUCUAAGAGACUGCUCCAUCACAGUGACUGGCAGUGGCUUGCUGACAGAGACAAUGGAAGCCAGGUAGGCCUAUGUGACAUUUCUCUGCCGUCUUUACGAGCAAGGUUUCGGUUUGUCAUAAAACCUGAAUCCAUCCCACUGGGCAAAAACUGGUUGAAUCAACGUUGUUUCCAUGUAACUUCAACCAAAACAAUCAAUGUGAUGACGUUGAAUCAACAUGGAAAACUGAUUGGAUUUGCAAAAAGUAAACUUUUUAACCUUUUUGUUGAUUUCAAGUUGAAUUCACGUUAGUUGACAACUCAACCAAAUGUACACUACCGUUCAAAAGUUUAGGGUCACUUAGAAAUGUUAUUGUUUUCGAAAGAAAAGCAAUUUUUUGUCCAUGAAAAUAACAUCAAAUUGAUCAGAAAUACAGUGUAGACAUUGUUAAUGUUGUAAAUGGCUAUUGUAGCUGGAAAUGGCUGAUUUUUAAUGGAAUAUCUACAUAGGCGUACAGAGGCCCAUUAUCAGCAACAAUCAGUCCUGUGUUCCAAUGGCAUGUUGUGUUUGCUAAUUCAAGUUUAUCAUUUUAAAAGGCUAAUUGAUCAUUAGAAAACCCUUUUGCAAUUAUGUUAGCACAGCUGAAAACUGUUGUGCUGAUUAAAGAAGCAAUAAAACUGGCCUUCUUGAGACUAGUUGAGUAUCUGGAGCAUCAGCAAUUGUGCGUUCGAUUACAGGCUCAAAAUGGCCAGAAACAAAGAACUUUCUUCUGAAACUCAUCAGUCUAUUCUUGUUCUGAGAAAUGAAGGCUAUUCCAUGCGAGAAAUUGCCAAGAAACUGAAGAUCUUGUACAACGCUGUGUACUACUCCCUUCACAGAACAGCGCAAAGAAAAAGCCAUAUCUCAGACUGCCCAUCUUAAUCUUUUAUUAUUAUUAUCUGAGAUAUGGCUUUUUCUUUGCAACUCUGCCUAGAAGGUCAGUAUCCCGGAGUCGCCUCUUCACUGUUGACGUUGAGACUGGUGUUUUGCGGGUACUAUUUAAUGAAGCUGCCAGUUGAGGACCUGUGAGGCGCUUGUUUCUUAAACUAGACACUCUAAUGUAUUUGUCCUCUUGCUCAGUUGUGCACCGGUUUGCGCUGUUCUGUGAAGGGAGUAGUACACAGCGUUGUACGAGAUCUUCAGUUUCUUGGCAAUUUCUCGCAUCGAAUAGCCUUCAUUUCUCAGAACAAGAAUAGACUGACGAGUUUCAGAAGAAAGUUCAUUUUGAGCCUGUAAUCGAACCCACAAUUGCUGAUGCUCCAGAUACUCAACUAGUCUCAAGAAGGCCAGUUUUAUUGCUUCUUUAAUCAGCACAACAGUUUUCAGCUGUGCUAACAUAAUUGCAAAAGGGUUUUCUAAUGAUCAAUUAGCCUUUUAAAAUGAUAAACUUGGAUUAGCAAACACAACGUGCCAUUGGAACACAGGACUGAUGGUUGCUGAUAAUGGGCCUCUGUACGCCUAUGUAGAUAUUCCAUAAAAAAUCUGCCGUUUUCAGCUACAUGAGCCAUUUACAACAUUAACAAUGUCUACACUGUAUUUCUAAUCAAUUUUAUGUUAUUUUAAUGGACAAAAAAAAAUAAAAUAUUUCUAAAACAAGGACAUUUCUAAGUGACCCCAAACUUUUGAACGGUAGUGUAAAUCAGAACUAGACGUUGAACUGACGUCUGUGCCCAGUGAGAUGUGUCCAGACUUGAAUCCUGGAUGUGGAUGGGGACCUAUGUGGAACCAGUUUUUGCCCAGUGGGAUGGAUUCAGGUUUUAUGACAAACCGAAACCUUGCUCGUAAAGAUGGCAAUUUAGCUCUUAAUCUCGGAAACCCAGAACAAAAAUUAUUCCGGUAAUUGUGUCAGAUGCUUGAUUAGUUUCUGAUGGAAGACUAGCGAAGUCACCACCCCCCUAAACAGAAACUCUCAGACCCCCUUCUGAAAACUUUCUGCUUGAAAUCCCCGCCCUAAAUAAUUUCUUGAAAUCCCCGCCCACACUUUCAGUACCACCUUCACCCAAUCCUGAUAUGUUCAGAUAUCUAGUGAGAAAACCAAAGCACCGGAACUAUGGUUCCUUUUUAGUGGUGGCAUCACAGUCUUUUGACAGAUGAUUCAAUACAAUUUAUGUUACGUAGUCUGUGCACGAGAGAUAAUUUAGCUCUUGGCUAAACUAGAAAGGACAUGCAUUUAUGGGCUGUUCAUGUGGUUAAAGCUGAGUUUUUCCAUCCGAAAUAUUUUACACUACCUUGUGUGUUGAAGUUUAGAGAUCUAAAGAUGCUUUGAGGUAUAAUUUAUUUCAUGUGUCUCCUCAGAAUUCCUUUCCUAAAACAAGGGCAACGGCUGCGUGUGAAGAUGCCCUUUACUCCAUACAGACCCGGUCCUAAGAAGCUAGUGGCCAACUUCAACUGUGACCAAUUCAGGAACAUUAAGGCAAGCUGCAAUGUGGACAUCCUACCUGUCACCAGUGCUGUCCCCCCACUGCCGUAGACAGUAAAGCCCUUGUGAGAAUAACUAUAAUAACUCAAAUAAGUUCUGCAAUUUAUACCGUAUUAUCCUGUUAUAUCCUUAUAUCAGC